AUGAGGAGGUGGACCAUAUACAUUGAUCCAUACAAAAUAUUAGGCCUUAAUUAGAGAAGAACAAACGACAUAUAAGAACUACCUAAUGACACUAUUUCACAUCUGAGUUUGCUGUUGCCUUCCCUUUUUGUUGAAUGGAUUAUCUAAUAUUAAUAAUAGUGA